UCCGGUUAGCGCAGCAGCAACAAUGGCCACUAGCUGUCAGAAAUGGAGACCAGACCGAGGACGGUGCUUCAAAACCUACGGAAUUGUUAUGGUUUUGUUUAUGGACUUGCUCGUACAAUGUGUUAACGGGUACCUGAGCUCUCCUCAUGUUGGCCAGGAGCCUCCCUACUCCAGAGAUGCCCAGCAGGGACCUGUCAUCACCAGCCCAGUGGUCCCCGCUGCAGCCUCAGUGUCUCCUGCAGAUGAAGAGAACUACACUUCCAAGUGUCCCAGUGGGGGUUUGUGUAGUCGCCUGCCAGCUGAUUGCAUUCAGUGCAAUUACCAACACAACUGUACCUACAGGAAACCAGCUUCCUUCACUUGUAAACCCAAGAAAGGAGUUCACUGUAUAGGCGAGUCAGGACAGCAGCAAACCAACUUCUCUCUUUCCAUCACCUGUCAGUUCUGCUGGCAGCUCGACCCGUCCCAGUACCGCUGCUCAAACUCUACCAACUGCAUGACAGUGUCUUGCCCACGCAAGCGCUACAACGCUAUCUGUGACGUGGUAGACCAUGUGCAUUGUUUAGGUAAAAGACGUUUUCAGAAGCGUUUAUAUUGUAACUGGACCGGUGGAUACAAAUGGUCAACGGCAUUAGCACUCAGCAUUACGCUUGGUGGUUUUGGGGCAGAUCGGUUUUAUCUGGGCCAGUGGAGAGAGGGUCUGGGCAAACUGUUCAGCUUUGGAGGCCUGGGUAUUUGGACUUUGAUAGAUGUUCUACUGAUAGGGGUUGGUUAUGUGGGACCUGCUGACGGUUCGCUCUACAUCUGAAGCAAAGCUCUGGAGACACGGCUUGAUGGUUUGUGCCCCCUUCCGCUUCACACUGCUUCACUCUCAAAGAUUGAAGAUCUGAGAUGCUGUGUUCUUAGCACGUUCGCCUGCUCCAGCUCGCUGUGCAACACGUCCUCAUCCCAUCUGCUAACAGGCAGGAAGUGUUUUCCACAUUACACCAAUGAUGACUCUACCCACACGACCAUCAGAUCAAUCCCAAUCAUUCUGCGUCCAUCUCCUCUUGAGAUUGAGCUGUGCAGGGGGAUGAAGAGCCAGUAAUUAUGUCUCUCUGGUUGGUUUGGCUCGGUGGUUAGGCUCUGUCAUGCUGAUAUAUAGAUAGGUUUGGUUUCCUGUGAAGCGUUGCAUUCACAGACAUCCUGCCACCUUGGAGCAGUGUGUCGCUCCUCCCUUUUUGCAAGGUAAAUGCGUCAAUGGGGGUCAGAUGGUAACCAUGGUGACACCAGACACCAUAGACCAGCUCAGAAGUAAUAUUUAUGUCCUUAACGUAAGCAGGAAUAUGCAGAAGGGAAUAAUUCAGGUGCUCUUAUUGACAACAGAUAGCUGCUCUUGUGGAUGAAUCCAAUGUUUUUUACUUUAUUUUUUCCCUGCAUUGAAUCAGCAGUGCAGGUCACAACUGUAAGAACAUCGACCUGGGGCUUGGUAAACGAUAGCAUGGCUUUUCAAAAGCUCAAAUCAAAUGUUGGAAAAUGAAAGUUCACUGUUAAUGUUCAUAUGUUGUAUAAAUAGAUACAUAAGAGCUACUACAUGUUCAAACAGCAGCUGGAUCAGGAAGGGAACUAGAAAGAAGUGCACAGGCAAGAACUGUCAAUUCUGUCAUCACUUACUGCAACAUGUAGUCUGUAGAGUUUUGGAAUGUGCACAGAUAAUCCCUAACAGUGUAUGCUUGUACGUGAUAAACAUUGAAACACUUCAGAUGUGUUGCACUAGCAAACUGCAGUUUUUUGUGGUUUCCUGUGUUGGAGAUAUUGGAGAUAUCCUGUACAUUCAACUGAUAUUUUUGCUUAAACUCAUCAUCAUUCUCCACCUUGUAAAAGUUAAAUCUCCAUCUACUAACACUGUAAGAUCUUUGCUUGAGACUGUGGCACAAAGGGGCUCACCUCUCACUUCAUGUAAAUAUGGUUUCUGUUUUCAGUGUCGGGUCAUUUUAAUCUGUUGGAACACUGUAAAUGACAUUUUUUAUGUUCUGUAAAUAAAAUUGUGAAAGAUG